GAUAAUUGACAUGGAGACAUAACUAAUAUCUAAUUAACAACAACAAAUUAAGGAAGGGAAACUGUGGAAGGCAUCCCUUUCUUUCCUUAGGUGGGAAGAAAUCCGUUUUAAACAAUUACGAUUCGGUUUUCAAAAUCAUAAUCCCAAUUAAACCUCUCUCUGAUACACAACCUCUCAGAAUCUCUUUCCUGGAAGAGAUGUGGCAGACACAGCGCAGUAGAUCAUCUUACAGAGAAUCCAUUAAAACUCUCGAAGCUGAUGUACAACAUGCGAAUAACCUAGCAGCAAGUCUUCCUAGAGAUUAUGGUGGGGGAUCUCUUCAGAUGAGAUUGUCUUUCAGCCCAUUUGCACCCAUCUUAGUAUUUUUAAUUGAAUGGAUGGAUUGCAGUUGUACAGAUACCCUCCCAAGCUAUUUAGGCCUACUCCACAUAAUCAUAGACAAGGUAUAUGUAGAUGGAAUGACAAGCAGAUCUUCCAAAGAAAGGGAAACCACUAUUAAGGAAUUCUAUUCUGUCAUAUAUCCUACUCUUCGGCAACUUGAAGUUGAGUUAACUGAACUGGUGGAUAAGAAUGAGAGAGCUGAAUGUCUGGAAAUGUCGGGAAGGAAGAGAGGCGAAGAGAUGAGGAAGCUUUCCAAUGAGGAUACAGAAAGAGAGGAUGAAUGUGGGAUAUGUAUGGAAGCUUGCACCAAGAUAGUCUUGCCCAACUGUAGCCACACCAUGUGCAUCAGCUGCUUCCGUGAGUGGAAUUUGCAGUCUCUGUCCUGCCCUUUUUGCCGAGUUAGCUUAGCAAGAGUUGAUUCAAACGACUUAUGGGUCCUCACUGGAUACGAAGAUGUGGUUGACACUGAGACUCUUGCAGAAGAGAACCUGAGACGUUUCUAUCUCUAUGUUGACCACCUGCCACCUGUCAUGCCUGAAACCCUCUUCUUUGUAUAUGAUAACAUGAUCUGACUGACGUAUGGAAGGAGGAUGACACAAAGAGUUGUAUAAUGCAACCACCACUUGUACAUAGGUUCUGGUGAGGAGUUUUCUGAAUUGUCAUCUGUACUUGUUCCAAAACGAAAAUUAAAAAAUGCAAGGGUGUAGAGGAUCACAGUUCUGCUCGACUCUAGUUUGUAUAUAAUUAGCUGAUAGUUUGGUAUCCCCAUUUCCUUGAUCGGGAACUAGGUGAUGCUUUAAGAACUAGCUAGUGCCUCUGAAGAUGCUUGACAUCCGUCACUUGCUGCUGUACAUCGAAUGUUGUUACUGCACUGGAUAUGGUAUUCUUUGCCUCAUUCUCAGUUUAUUGAAAACCUGGGAGUUGCUGAGAUCGUGGUCACUACUCGUGUAUAUAUGAAGAUGCUGUAAACUAUGCUAUCCCUAUGUAUUGAUUAAUCUUCAAAAUAAGAUGGUGAAUGGAAACACCCAAUGUGUAUAUUGAUUGUUCUA